AUGAGCACGCCGACAUGGACUCGCGAGCAUUCUCCCCUCUGUGCGUCUUCGCCCUCUUCGAUUUGCUCGGCAUCCUCCUCUUCUUCUUCGGCGCCUCCCACUUGCCUCGCGGCAGCGGCCGCUGCCGUGGCUGCGGCGGCAACUGGAGGAAUCACCGGUACCUCCAUCGGACCGUAUCGCCUCGGCUCGACUCUCGGCGUCGGAACCUUUGGCAAAGUUAAAUUGGGUUACCAUAAUGUGACGGGGCAAAAGGUCGCCGUGAAGAUUAUCAACAAGGCCAAGAUGGAGAUGAUGGAGAUGUACGAGAAGAUUCGGCGAGAAAUCAACAUCUUGCAGUGUCUCCAUCAUCCACAUGUGAUUCGCCUCUACGAGCUUAUCGACACGCCCACAGACAUUUUCAUGGUCAUGGAAUACGUCCAGGGUGGCGAACUGUUCGACCACAUCGUUCAAAAGUCGCGCCUUCCCGAGCACGAAGCACGUCGGUUCUUCCAGCAAAUUGUCUCCGGCGUCGACUACUGUCACCGACAUAUGAUUUGUCACCGCGAUUUGAAGCCGGAGAACGUGUUGCUGGACACGAACAUGAACGUGAAGGUCGGCGAUUUCGGUUUGUCGAAUUUCAUGCGCGACGGGGACUUUCUGAAGACGUCGUGCGGCUCGCCGAACUACGCGUCUCCAGAGGUCGUGUCUGGAAAAGCGUAUGCGGGGCCGGAAGUCGACGUGUGGUCCUGCGGGGUGAUUCUCUACGCUCUCCUUUGCGGCUCCUUGCCCUUUGACGACGAGCACGUCCCGAACCUGUUCAAAAAAAUCAAACACGGAAACUUCAUUUUGCCGGGGCAUCUUUCCGAGGCGAGUCGGAACUUGAUCGUCCGUAUGCUCGUGGUGGACCCAGCAAAGCGCAUUUCGCUGAGCGAGAUUCGACAGCACCCCUGGUUUACCCAGAGCCUUCCGGCCUAUCUCCAAAACUGCUACUUAGGCAGUCCCCUCCUGACUCGAGUCGAUCCUCUCAUCGUCCUGCAGAUGAAGAAGCUUGGCUACGAAGUGGACGAGAAAGAUCUAAACAUCAUGACGGCUGUCGGCACAUUUCCAACGCGAGAGACAGUGGCCUACCAACUUCUUGCAGAUCGAAGAGCAAAGCAGUCGUCGUUCUCAAGGUGUUUUGCUCCUUCGACGCAGUCCAGCACGGCGACGAUGGCGACAGGAGGAACCUCGUCGCCGGUUCAUCCCCCGUCCCACUCGCUAGGAAGCAUGCAGACCAAUUUCCACGACUACUUCUCGCCGGGGCCUCUGGGGCUGCUCUCCUCCGGUGUCCCUACACUGCGGUGGAAGCUCGGCGUAGAAGCUGCGUUCGAUGCUCCGAUUCUAAUUACUGCUACUUAUACAGAGUGCCAAACAUCGCCGAGGGGAGCGACGGCUGCGCGUUUUCACGCCGUCGCGCUCGUCACGGGACGCGCAUGUGCCAAGACGCCGCAACGCGUGCUCUCGGGGCCUUUCGCGUUUUUCUCUGUUGCACUGCAGAUCCUCAAUACUCUGAAAGCGUGCGACUACGAGUGGCUGAUGCCCUCGCCCUACAAAGUCCGUUGUCGACCUAUCAAACGCUCGGGCGCGGCGUCUGGCGUCUCUCCCUGGCGGAGUUCUCGCUCGUCGUCUCUGUCUUCGGCUUCUUCGAAUCGCCGUGCAGCGGACGCCGACACGGACCCGGCGAGUCGAGCGCGCGAAGACGGAGACGAAGAGACGCAUGCCGCGCCCUCCGCUGCAGCUCUCGUAGAGGGCGUGAUCCUCACCAUUCACCUGUACAAGAUUUCCCCUGGUCUGUACAUCGUCGAUGUUCAGCUCUUCGAUGGCGCGACUCUGCCGGGCAUGUCUGAAGCGCUCUGGAUUACCUCGGCAAUUUAUUCUGCCUUGUCUCAGCUUCAGCUCCAGCACCAGAGACACAGCAAGUCUCCGCCGAAUGCGGGCGAGCACCCGUCGUCGCCUUCCUUUCGGUCGCCCUCCGCGGCUUCGCCUUCUGCGUCUGCUCCUUCCUCUAGCGGCGGGUCUUCCAGCAGGCACCCCGGAGGUUCACACCCACCCGGCCAGACGCGCAGUGCUGCGCCGACAGAGGGCGAGACACAGCCCGGGGCAGCGACAGACCAAGCGGCUGUCUCCGAAGAGAAUCGAGGAAGAGGGCGAAGAGGCGAAGGCGCGCGCAGACGCGGGAGUGUUCCGCAGGUUUCGGGCGCCUCGCCACGGACGUGGACGCCGCCGACUCCCAUCGUCAUUAGCGCCACUGAAGGAGGGAGUGCGGGGGGGCAGUAG